ACACACUUCUCACUUUGGUGUCACGAUCACGCCCUCCAGAGUUCUAUAAAGAGCUGGUCACCCCGGGCAUAAGGCAGCAUUGUCACCGUUCCCCGUGUCUGUUCCUCUUCAGAAAACCCGACGGUCGUCGCCCACCAUGCCACACGUUACCUACCUGGGCUCUGAGUCGGGGCAUCAUCGCCGCCGGCCCGAGGCCCACGACGCUCGCACCCAACGCCGGCAUCAAGGGGUCACUCGCGUAGAGCCUCCCGACUUCCGCUUCUGCGUUGAGCUAGGCCUCCUCAUCCGCAGCCGGCGGCGCGAUCACAAGACCGUCACCGGCCUCCAGGAGGAGAUCAGCACCCAGCUCACGCGCGCCGGGAUCCCUAACCACGUCGCCAACACCCCGUCCUCGGCAGUCUCCUCACGCGAAUGGACCAUCGCGUCCGAGCUGUGCAUCCCAGCGCGCCCCCGCGACCACCGCUUCGGCAUGAAGCUCGUCUCGCCCUUCCUGCGCUUCGCCAAGCGGCCCGAGGCGUGGCAGGCCGACUUCCGCGCCCUCUUCCACACGCUCAACAACUACUUUGAGCUCACCACCACGCACCAGUGCUUCACCCACGUCCACAUCAUCCCUUCGCCGGGCUUCUGGCAGCUGGACCAGGCCAAGGCGCUGGCCAAGGCGGCGCUCUACUUCGAGCGCUGCCUGGACACGCUCGUCCCGCCCUACCGGCAGAAGAGCGUGUGGGCCAAGAGCAACCGCAACAACCGCUACUUCCUAGAGCUAUCGAUGGCCGAAUGCUUCGACCGCAUCGAUGCACAGGGCACGUUCGAGGGGCUGGCGGCGCGCAUGAACUGGUGCAGCUCCGUGUCGCCAACGGGGGUGGCGCUCGGGGUGCAUCCGGGCGCGGAUUUCCAGCACGACGCCUACCGGUGGAGCUUCGUCAACCUCAACGAGGGCGGCGGCUUCGGGACGAUCGAGUUCCGGCAGCCGCCCGGGUCGACCAGCGCCUCGGAGGCCAUAACCUGGGUAAUGCUGGUCGCCUGUCUGGCGAGGUUGAGCUGCGGUCCCGGCGGCGGGAUCAACCCGGACGUGAAGCCGCAGCUCAAGAGCCUCGGUGAAUGGCUGGUGUAUGAAGCCGAGUGGGCCGCGAUGCCGCACAAGAGCCUGCUAAAAGACUUGAUCCGGCAGGCCGUGCCAGCUACCUCGACGUCGGGGACGGUUGCCGGGAUGGAUGCGGAUGUGAUUACGAUCGACGAGGAUCAGCGGCUGAGGUGGAAGGUCAAUGAUCGGAACAUUGCACUGGAAAAGUACAGGAGGCUUUUAAAGCAUGUGUAAGUUCGGAGAAGAGAGCUGGCAUUUCUACGUUUACAUGACACAUGAUGGGACGCUCGAGGGCAGUGCAUCGGGCCAACGCUGGUCAGAGGAUUUGGGGAUCUCGAGCUUUGGCGUUACAGGUAGAUACCACGGGAUCAUCAAAUGAUAACUUUGAUUGUUUUUUCUUCUUCAAGUUGCGAAUGCGGAUCUGC